AUGGACGUCGACGUUUUUGAAGCGGUUUUCGCUUUGAACGCGGUCUUCGGCGUGUUUUUCAACUUGCUACUUUUGAUGGUUGCCUGGCUCACUCCUCUGCCAAGCAAUAGCAAGUACAAGAUCUUGGUUGCGUCUUUUGCAGCUUUUAAUGUUCUCUAUUCCCUUCUACACGUUACUUUGAAACCGGUGAGUUUUAUAUGGUAAUGAUAAGGUAUUCUUCGUCAGACGGUAUUCAUCAAAGGGCAUCUUUUAUACCUCGUUACCUUCUUUCUGGACUCUGAAAGUUUCCAAAAGUUUUUCGAAAUUGUGGUCUACAUGGUAAUAGUUGUGGAGUCUCACUUCAUCCUUUUCGUAAACUUUCUUUACCGUUACUUGAUGAUAUCGAGGUUUGCCCCCUUUCCUCAUUUAGCCUCAGAUAUUUUUCAGGAAAGUCGCAGAAAAUAAAAACGCCUUCCGACUGAGCGAUAUCGUUCUUUUAAUUGUGAUCAACCUCUUUCUUAUCUCUUUAUUCGUUUCUUUUGCGAGGAAUCUCGAAGCAAAAGAGUGGAUAGAUCCCAUAAUCCAUGAGGAGAUUCAAAGUGUUUUGCAUGUUGAGCUCCCCCGAAACGGCUUCUUUUUCGCAGAAAUUUCUGAGGUUCAACUGCGGAAUUGGUUUGUUGAAAAGUUGAGAAACUGAUUCGAUUCAGAAGAACUUGCACGACGUUCUCAUGCUGGCCGGGAUUCUCAGCGUUUUCUUUAUCAAUACUGUAUCCAUGAUGGUGGUGGGUUUCAAAACCUACAAGUUGCUGAAUCAACAUGUCCUAAACCUGCCUAUCCAAAAGCAAAUCUUCCAUGCCAUUCUCUGCCAGGUACCUUGAGGUUUCAAGGCUUUCUCAUCAAUUGAUCGGGAUUUGCAGUCCAUAGCCCCAUUUUUCCUCGGCUUUCUUCCUAGCCUAAUCGCCAUUGCCUGUACUUUUUCGGACAUCAACCUUGGCAUUUACACAAAUGUUUUAUUUGUUCUUCACAGUCUUCAACCCGUCGUGGAUCCUUUAUUCACUCUCUCGUUGAUCAAAAUCUAUCGCGAGAAAGUUUUCAAGACGUUAUUCUGUAGGAAGGACACUUCUGUCAAGUUGAAUUCUCUGGGAAGUGCUUCGGUUUAUGUUGCGUCGGAGCAAAUCGAAGUUAUGUCUUUAGAAUAAGAGAAUGCUUCGCCAUUCUGCUCCCAUGAGUUGUGAUUAGACUGGUUCGCUUUAAAAAUAAUAAAAGAUGAGUUCUUAUAACAGCGCACACAAAAUGUACUACUCUGCAAUAAUAAUUUUGUGAAUCGUCCUCUACUCCCCCUUCCAAAUCCCUGCGGACUGAACUUAUUCUGCUUAUAAUGAAUCUUUUCACUCACUUUAUCAGUACUGCCGAUGAAGAUUUCUGGAAAGUCAUGGUAGUUGAUACCUUCGAGGCGAUUUUCGCCUUCAACGCAGCUGUCGGUGUUUUUCUCAACUUCAUACUUUUGAUAGUCUCCUGGUAUACCCCGCUACCGAGCAACAGCAAGUACAAGAUUUUGAUCGUGCUUUUUGCCGUCUUCAAUAUCUUCUAUUCUGUUCUUCAUGUCACCUUGAAACCGGUGAACAUUUCUUUUUGAUCUAUGAACUUGGUUCUUCAGAUAAUCUACGUCAAAGGCCAUAAGUUAGCAUUCAUUACAACUUUUCUGACCCAAGAAAAGUGGCGCUUCUUCGAAAUUUUGGCUUACAUGGCGAUUGUCAUAGAAUCCCAUUAUCUUCUUCUUGUUAACUUCCUUUACCGCUAUUUCUCCUUAUCGAGGUUGAAAGAUUCUUGAUUUGUAUAGUUUUUGUUUCAAUAUCUUUUCAGGAAGGUCGCAGAAACGAAAAAUGCAUUUCGCCGGAAAGAUGUGCUUCUUCUCCUCUUAUUCAAUUUCAUUGUUACCCUUGCAUUCUUGUCAUUCACCAAAAACCUUGAAGCAAAGGAGAUGAAAGACUCCCAAGUAAAAGAAGAAAUCCAAGCAACAUUCCAUGUCGAAAUCCCUCAAUACGGUUUCUUCUACGCAGAACCAUCCAAGGUCCGUCUGAGAAAAAGCUAAAUAGAAAGAACCUUGUCGUUCAGAGCAAUUUGAAGGACGUUUGCAUGGUAGCUGGACUACUAGGAGUGUUCUUUAUCAUUACAGUGUCCAUGAUGGUAGUGGGAUUCAAAACUUACAGAUUGUUGAAUCAACACAUCCUCAAUCUACCUAUCCAGAAGCAAAUCUUCCAUGCCAUCCUUUGUCAGGUAUCUCUCCACUUGGGUCUCACCUUGACUGGCUUUUCCAGUCGAUUGCUCCGUUCUUCUUAGGCUUCCUCCCAAGCUUGAUCGUCAUCAUCUGCACAUACUCGAACGUCAAUCUCGGCAUCUACACGAACAUUUUGUUCGUCUUCCACAGCCUCCAACCAGUCGUCGACCCUCUUUUCACGUUGCUCUUGAUCAAAAUCUAUCGCAAAAAAGUUUUGUCCAAGCUAUUCUGUAGAAAAGACAAAUCAGCAAUCUUCAAUUCUGUCGAAAGCGCAUCGGCUCAAGUGGCUCCUGAGCAAAUCGAAGUGUUGUCUUUGGAAUGAAGUUUUAAUUGGUACCUAUUUAUACCUUUGCACGGUGAAAUAGUUCAUUUGCAAUAACAACUGCGUAGACCAUUAGAGCUUUUCGGCUCCUCCUUUCCUCGAAGGCUCAAACCUCGAAAGACUUUUAAUUGCUCAUCGCAUAACACUUUGGGAUUUCAUUUGCACUUGUGGCAGAGCCCUCUCUCUCUCUACCGAGAUGUUAGUUGUAAUGCUUGAGGCCAUUUUUUCUCUGAGUGCCACUCUGGGCGUUAUUCUGAACGGUUUACUGUUGAUUAUCGCAAAGUUCACCCCCCUCCCGGGUAACAGCAAGUACCGAAAUUUGGUGCUCCUUUUUGCGGCCUUCAAUGUCUUCUAUUCACUUCUCCACGUCACCUUCAAGCCGGUAGGUUCCUUGAUUUUUGUCAAAUAGGACGACAGACUUGAACUCGAAAAACAUUCCAGAUAUUUUACAUCAAAGGCAAGAAAGCGGUAUUUGUGGCUCUUCCACCUUUCGAGAUUCCUCAAAAGGUUUUCGGCAACAUGGGAGUCAUCAUCUAUUCCUCUUUUUUACUCGAAUCUCACUAUCUCAUUUUCGUCAACCUGUUGUACAGAUGUUUAGUGCUCUCAAGGUGAUUUCAGCCGAGUUCGAUUUAGGAAUGUCUACUACUUCUUCCAGAAAACUUGCUGAAGCAAAAAAUGCGUUCAGUCCUCGAGAUCAUGGGCUUUUAGCCAUUGGAAACGUAAUUUUUGUUUCUCUCUAUUCUAUUUUCAUCAAUCAGUUCAACACGAAAGAAGAUUUGGAUCCCGAUAUUUGCGAAGAAAUAGAAAAUGCUUUUCAUAUCGAUAUCCGAAAUCAAAGCUUCUUCUAUGCAGAUGCUUCUUCAGUGAGUAGAACUAAAAAGAAAAAAAAUUUCCAAGUGUUCCCUUCAGAAGAAUUGGGAAGAAACCUUCUUGCUCACAGGCAUGCUCAGCGAAUUAUUGUCCAUUAAUUUGGCAAUCUCCGUGGUUGGAUGGAGAACUUAUCGGUUGUUGAACCAACUUGUCCUCAACGCCGCCUUUCAGAAACAAUUUUUCUACGCCAUUCUGUGUCAGGUUUAGGAACAGUCCGAGUGCUCUUUGUGAAAAAAUUUAAAAAGACCUUUAACAUUUCCAAAGAAGCUUUCUCCACCCGACAAGCAAAAAAAAUCAUCAAAUUUCAGUCGUUGGCUCCGUUUUUCCUAACUUUUCUGCCCUGCCUCAGCGCCUUCCUCAUCGCUUUCUCCGGGAUCAACCCAGGAAUAUACUCCAACAUCAUACUGCCCUUUUUCAGUCUCCAACCGGUCGUCGAUCCGUUGUUCACCUUGCUCAUGAUCAAAGUUUACCGCGACAAACUCUUUCAGUUCUUAACGUUCCUCUGUAAAAAUCAAAGGGCCAAAAUCUAUAACUCUUUCGUAACCAAUUCAAACACUGCACUUCCCGAGCAAGUCGAAGUCACUUCUCUGUGCUGAUGUAUCUAUUUGAUUCGUCAUCAUAUUUAUUACCACAGAUCCUCUAAGACUUUUCUAUGAACCGACUACAGCGCUUCGUUUCUCCAAUAUUUAGCUUUUUUAUUUUUAUGUACCUAUUUGCACUUUUGCUCAUAAUGAUGCUUCGCCAGAGUGGAUAUCAUUAAAAUCGAAUAACCUGUUCUGAUAACACGAACUGACGUAAGCAGUUUUGCUUCCUCUUUUCGCUCCGCCGAUUUUCGACUGGAAAUAAAGUUAUUGAAAGCAAGACCGCGAUGAAAUUUUCGCCUGACAUGAUCCCUAGUGUAUUCGAAAAGAUAUUCAUAAUUAACGCAAUUUUGGGAGUUUUCUGAAUUUUUUGCUUUUUCUCAUUGCUUGGUUCACUCCUCUACCGAGUAAUAGCAAGUAUAGGAAUUUGGUACUUUUCUUCGGUGUAUUCAAUGGUUUCUAUUCACUCCUUCAUGUUGCAAUCAAACCGGUGGGAUUUUUCAAUUUUUUUCCCUGUUUUGUUCGGUAAAACAUUAAAGCUUUCAGAUCCUGUAUGUCAAAGGUACUAAGGCACUUUUUAUGGUCCCGCCAUUAUUUAACCAUAAAAAACUUGAUUUCGUUCAAGUUUUGCUCUACGAAUCUUUCGUUCUCGAAUCGUUCUUUCUGCUUUUCGUCAACUUUUUAUACCGAUACUUUAUUUUCUCAAGGUAUCACUAUAAUGAUCCCUCUUGAAGAUAUUUCUCAGGAAAAUGGCCUAAAACAGAAACGCAUUCAGUCGACGAGACCGUAUUUUUUAAAUUUUUUUGAAUAUUUCUUUCUUCAUAUCUUAUGACUAUCUCAGCACAUUUUUCCAAGAAAAUGAAGUGUCCGACGUCAUCAUUCGUAAAGAAAUAUUUGAUGCUUUUCACGUCAAUAUUGAUGAGUACAGCUUCUUUGUUGUUGAAGUUUCGGCUGUAAGUUUUUUUUAACAUUCACUUUUUAGAAUCAUUUUUGAAGCAUUGCCUUCCAAAAUGUGUAUCUAGAGUUAUAGAAAGCUUUCUAGUAUUGCGAGAAAUUUUGAAAAGUUUUUGUGCCUUAUCAGUCUUAACAAGGAAGGCAAUUUUACUUUGCGGUUGAGAUUUUACUAAAAAAUGACCAUAACGCUUUUUCAAGUACCAGAUGAAAAUCCUAAAAGUCUUAAACUGCAAAAAUCCCUAGUUUUUGCGAAAAGACGCUUCAAAGUCGAAGAGAUCCCUAAAAUAUUAGGUUGGUAACUAAGUUUCUGAUAUUUUGAGGUAUGUUUUUGGUUAGCUCCCACGUUUUACUGGAUACACUUCUUUUUUCGCCACUAGGCUGCUAGCAGGAGGGAAGUCUCCUUUACGUAAACCACUGAUAGAUUCAGUCUCCCCUUCGUUCCCCUUCGAGGAUGCCCCAUAGAUUCAUCCACGACCGAACUCACAUUCGACACACAUUUCUGUUUUUGUUCUUUUCUGGCAGCAAUCAACCUGACACCGAACGUCGUAUCAAGGACGUAUACGAAGAGCAUGCGCCCUCUCAAAGCACCAUCAGCCUUUGGUCCAACAAGUUCUCGAAAGGGCUUUUUACAUGGCUGAAGGUGAGCGGUCGGGCCGGCCGUCCGAGUUGGAUCUGGACCUGCUGCGCAUCCAAAUUGAAACCGAUCCUUAUGUGA